GUUCCACGAGCUUGGACCCCAGUUACACCACUACAGCACCCGCCACAGCCACAGCAUCACGGCCUUCCAUUCCCCAAUCUAGGGUUGCGAGCUCCCCGCCACAGCCGGCCAUGCCCGACGCGGACGUCGACGCCGAGAUGCGCGACGCCGCCGCCGCCGCCGCCGCACCCGCCGGCGACGACGGCGAGGACGACACCGGGGAGGAGGAGGACGACGAAGACGACAUCGACGACGAGGACGAGGAGGAGCCGACCGCGCCGGUGCCUGUACCGCCCGUGGAGCCUCCCGUCCCGGCGCCCGUCUCGGUCUUGCCUGGAAACCCGAACCAGCUGACGCUGCUCUUCCAGGGCGAGGUCUACGUGUUCGAAUCCGUCACCCCCGACAAGGUUCAAGCUGUCCUGUUACUGUUAGGACGUGGUGAACUACCACCUGGUUCAACUGGCAUGGUUUUACCUAAUCAAAAUGAGAACAAGGGGUAUGAUGACAUACUUCGGAGGACAGACAUUCCUGCAAAAAGGGUUGCUUCUCUAAUUAGGUUCCGUGAAAAACGGAAGGAAAGGAAUUUUGAUAAGAAAAUACGUUAUGCAGUUCGCAAAGAAGUUGCACUCAGGAUGCAGCGCCGGAAGGGGCAAUUUGCUGGAAGGGCCAGUCUGGAGGGAGAAUCUCCAGCUCCUGGCUGUGAUCCUGGUUCCCAAAGCUCAGGCCUAGAUUUCGUAUCUCGUGAAUCAAAGUGUCAGAAUUGCGGUACUAGUGAAAAGAUGACCCCAGCAAUGCGCCGUGGCCCUGCUGGCCCAAGGACUCUGUGCAAUGCUUGUGGAUUGAUGUGGGCAAACAAGGGUACGCUGAGAAGUUGCCCCAAGGCAAAAGUCGAAUCUCCUGCGGUUGCAAUUGAGCAGGGUGGAAGUGACAACAAAGCACUGAUGGCACCGAAGAAUGACAACGUUUCUGCAAGCAACAGCGAAGCCACAAGUGCAGCAGAGACAGGAGCGCCAAAGGCGCCGUGACAGUAUAUAGACGUGAUUGUUGCCUAUAGCUAGACAAGACACCCCGAUAGAAAGCUCUGCUAAUGCGGAAUACUGAUUCUCGUCAAGUGUACAUUCAUUCCUUGCUUGACAGCGUUAGGCAUGUAAUUAUCAUAAGGUGUCCGAUUGAUGUCUGUUGUGUAAACUGUAAAGCCCAGAUGGCAUCUGUUGUGUUACAUUUGCUGCUUUCCUAAGCGGUGACAUUCACAUAAAUCAUAAUCGAGGAUCCUCAUUUCCCGUUGAUUC